AUGCAUGUGGAUUUUCUUUCUGCUGGUGGAUGUAGUUCCUCCACAUUCAGCGACGUCGACAACAAUUCAGAACUGAUUAGGGCAAAUAGAGAUAGUUAUGAAACUGAUGGAAAAGAAAUUGUUAAACCUCUUUUGUCCGAUGGGUGGGAGAAUGUUUUUGAUGAUCCGAAUAAGCUUUUUCGUGGUGGUGUUGAUCCUGUUCGGUUGGCCUGUCAAAAGUAUUGUAUGAAGACUAGGUAUCGCGUAACAAAGGUGAAGAAUGAUCGUGAAAGGUUCACAAUGAAAUGCAGUAAAGUCCCAUGCACUUGGAUGAUCCAUGCAGUUGCUAUUGAUUCUACUUGCGAUGUUUUUAGGAUAAAAAAGUAUGUUGGGAGGCACACUUGUGGAGCUGGUGUGAAGUUGAGAAGUCCUAAAGUAUCGAAGAAGCUGGUACACAACCUUAUUCAUGAUCGUGUGAUGCACAACCCACUUAUCAAGCCUCGCGAAAUUGAAGAUUAUAUAAAAGUUGGUGUUGGUGUUAAUAUCAAAUAUCACCAUGCAUAUCAUGGUUUGGAACGGUCACACCAUGAAAUUUUUUGGAAUGAUGUAAAGUCUUACUCUGAUCUGGUUUGGUGGGUGAAUUCAUUGAAAGAAACAAAUCCUGGCUCUUAUGUGGAUUUUCAGUCUAACCAUACAACUCAGACAUUUGAAAGGUUAUUCAUUGAAAUAGGCGCUUGUAUUGAAGGUUAUAGACUUUGUCGACCAAUGAUUUUUGUUGAUGCAACUUUUCUGACCGGGAGAUUUAGAGGUACCCUUAUGGCUGCUACUUGUCUGAAUGGGAAUCAAGGUUUUUAUCCGCUAGCAUUUGCAUUGGUCCCAGGAGAGGAUGUUGACAAUUGCGAUUGGUUUAUGUGCAAUCUUAGCAACAUUGUUGAUGACCGUCCUAUCACCUUUAUGUCUGAUCGUCAUGAAGGAUUGUUGAGGGCUAUUCCUAAACACUUUCCUACUUCCCAUCAUGGCUAUUGUUACUACCACUUGCAAGGAAACUUACCAAUCAGGAAAUCGGACGAGAAGUACAAAGAAGUUAUGGCUUGUUUCAAAAAAGCAACUUAUGCUCUCACACCAGCAAGAUAUGAAGAAGCACUAAUGGAAAUGGAGUUAAUGGGAAGGCCUGGAAUUUGGUCAGACUACAUCAAGCGUUGUUGA